UCCUCGGCCGAUUCUACCUCGGCCAGUCGACCUGGCGAUAGAGAAACCGAACGCGUUCGUCGCCAGGACUCUCUUUCUCUUUCUUUUCCUUUUUCGCACCUGGCAAAAGGACCCCCGUGUCCAUCGGUUCUAGUUCCCGAAAAUCCGAUCUCUCAGUCGAGAUCUCAGACAGUAGCGAGAGUGAUUGCACAACGUCGAACGCAGCGCGCAAAUUGAUCUCUACAGAUUCCGGAGCAACGAUCCUUCGAGAUUACUUUCUACAAAGAUAUAUAGAGAGACGUCAAGAGGCAUCGCUAUUCACAUCGAAUAUUCGAGCGUCAAACGUGGUCUCUCCUUUCCAACGGAAAACCAUCGAUGACGAAAGGACCGUAACGUUGAUGAUCGCCGCACAAUUACAUUUUUCUGUUUAACGUGCAGAAAAACGCGCAGCGGCCGCCUUUGCGCAAGAGUCGUGCCAGCCGCAGUCGAUCGGCGAUCGCGUCGUGCGCAACGAUGCGAUCGCGACGGAGUUGUCCGCGACGCGAAUACCAUUCCACAUCGAUCCCACGUGGUUCCACGUGAAAGCGCGAAACGUCCGAGGGAGGAGAUGCUUGAGGGAUCGCGAAUGAUCGGCGGAAGUGCGCGAGGGAGCGGCCCGUGAGAGAAUCGUCCUGGUGGUUCGCGAGGAGGAUAGGGAACGUCUUUUACGCAAGAGGAUGGACAGGGGCGAUAACAACGUCGUCGGGGUCGUCGGCGGCGGAAGUGGCGGAAGUGGCAGCGGAGGAGGAGGCGGCGGCGGCGGCGGUGGUGGCGGCGGCAGCGUGGGCUGUCACGUGGGAAAUUCCGGAUCCCCGCCGAAUUCGACCUCGUCGACCCACGGCACGAUGCAGAACUCCUCCGGCGGGUUCGACGGCCAGACUGGUGACAGAGGAUGGGAAAUUCACCACGUUAAGGUGACCAGAGUUCCCGGUUAUGGCUUUGGGAUAGCUGUGUCAGGAGGUCGCGAUAAUCCUCAUUUCAAUAAUGGCGAUACAGCAAUCGCGAUCUCCGAUGUGCUCAAACCCGGUCCAGCUGAAGGAAAAUUACAAGUGAACGACCGUAUCAUCUCCGCCAAUGGAAUAUCGUUAGAAGGCGCCGAUUACGGGGCAGCCGUGCGGAUUCUGCGGGAAUCCGGUUCUACCGUUUUAUUGGUUGUUAAACGAAGAGCUUCCUCGAAUUCACCCGGUUGUUUAGGGAGCGGAGUACCCCAGAGUCAUCGGCUCACACUCACGCGAAAUAAUAAAAAGGAUGACUUCGGCAUAGUACUGGGAUGCCGAUUAUACGUAAAGGAGGUUACGCGAGAGAAUAUCGGAGUGAAAACCGGGGACGUGUUAACCCGAAUAGGCAGCGUCGCCGCCGACAAUAUGAGUCUGAAGGAAGCUAGAAAGCUGAUGGACCAGUGCAAAGACAGACUCUCGAUCGUAAUUACGCGGGAUAGCUCGUGUUGCCAUGUACAGCAGCAAGGUAAAGGGGAUAGCGGUGAAUACCUGUCGGGCGCGAGUUACAGUAGUCAGAACUUAUACGUUCCGCCACCCACGAGGCAGCCCUUGGAGGACAAGAGUAACCUCGUGCCGAGAGGUCGCUCGCGGGGUCCGCUGAUGGACGUGUCUCUGAGCCAGCUAGAUCUGCCAGCUACGCCUACCGUAGAUCCACCCAGACCACCUCCGCCGAGACCGGAAGAUUAUUAUAGUACACGUAGACAAUUGUACGAUGAAGACUCGGUUUCGCCUCGGACGAAACAACUCAUGCCAGAUCCUCGAUUUAUCACAUUCCAAAAGGAAGGAUCCGUCGGCGUGCGAUUAAGCGGCGGCAAUGAAACCGGAGUCUUUGUCACUGCAGUUCAAGCGGGAAGUCCUGCGUCGCUUCAGGGUCUUCAGCCGGGGGAUAAAAUUCUAAAGAUAAAUGAUAUGGAUAUGAAGGAGGUAACGAGGGAAGAAGCCGUACUGUUUCUUCUUAGCUUGCAAGAACAAAUCGAUCUUAUCGUGCAACAUCGACGUCAGGAAUACGACCAAAUCGUUGCGUCCGGAAGAGGCGACUCUUUUCACAUAAAAACUCACUUUCACUAUGAGCAACCGCAAAAAGGAGAGAUGAGUUUUCGCAGCGGCGACGUUUUUCACGUGGUAGACACCCUUCACAAUGGCGUCGUAGGAUCUUGGCAGGUUUUCCGAAUUGGGCGAAACAAUCAAGAAGUACAGAAAGGAAUCAUACCUAAUAAGGCUCGAGCUGAGGAGCUAGCAACCGCUCAAUUCAACGCGACGAAGAAAGAGAUGAGCGCCAGCGAGAGCAGAGGUAGCUUCUUCAGGAGAAGAAGAAACAGUCACAGACGCUCGAAAUCGUUAGGGAGGGAUCAUUGGGACGAUGUAGUGUUUUCCGAUAGCGUCAGCAAAUUUCCCGCUUACGAACGCGUGAUUUUAAGACAUCCCGGAUUUGUCAGACCCGUCGUUCUUUUUGGGCCCGUGGCCGAUCUUGCCAGGGAAAAACUUCUAAAGGAUUUCCCUGAUAAGUUUACUUCUCCACAAAUGGAAAGUCAAAUGGAGGAUGGUAGUGGAAAGAAUACCAAAACAUCCGGCAUUAUUCGCCUAAGUGCCAUCAGAGAAGUGAUGGACCGGGGCAAGCAUGCGUUGCUCGACAUUACUCCGAAUGCUGUGGAUCGCUUAAAUUACGCCCAAUUUUAUCCGAUUGUCAUUUUCCUGAAGGCCGAGACGAAGCAAAUCAUCAAAGAGAUGAGAGCCGGCAUACCAAAAUCAGCUCACAAAAGCAGUAAAAAGCUUUUGGAGCAGUGUCAAAAACUCGACAAGAUCUGGGGACACGUAUUUAGCGCGGUAAUCACUCUCAAUGCACCGGAAGCUUGGUACCGGAAACUGAGAGAACUUAUCGAUCGCCAGCAGCAAGGUUCACUAUGGAUGAGUCAAACUAAGCCGGAAGAAGCCCUCUCGGAUGACUUCCUAUUCCCGAUGACUUCUCGCCUCUCCUACGCUUCCUCUCCGGAGAGCGAUCUGGAGCUGAGCCCAGCGCCCGUUAUCCCCGGCACUUUGGGCCCACCGUCGCGGCUAAAAAGUAGUUCCGAUCCGAGCAUUGCUACUCAAGAUGAUACCACUGCGCCGCCACCGUACUCGACAAAUUAUCAGCAAUCAUUCGAGCAGCAGAAGAGAAGGUCCCAAGGCGGAAUGGGGGACAGCAAGUACGGCUUCUCUUUGUCCGGUCAAAGGAGCAAUCAGUCCGGUUCGCCGGAAUAUCUGGGCAGCUCCUUCGAGCCUAGAUCUCCUCAUCAUAGUCCACCGGAUCUUCCACCCCGAGUUGAUCGAAAUGCGAAGCCGAUUAUUAAUCAUACGCCACGGGGAACGAUAGGGCGAUCCGCUCAGGAACGUCUAGGAGUGAAUAAAACCGACUCAAUUCUAGAUAUGGGGAAUUACAUCAAUGCAACCCCCCACAAAGCAAAUGCCACAUCAUCCCUCGAACGAGCACAGCCAAAAGCGGGAAGUUACGACAGCAUGUCUUCAUACGAUUCGUACAACAAUACUAAUGGGAACGCGAACUAUGGAAUGGCGAAUUUGAACGCGUCGACAGGUCGUUUGGGUCCGAAUGUACCUGAUGAUCUCAAAAGCAGUAAUAUACCGAGCGCAACGAGAGCGCACGAUCCGUAUAGAUUUACUAGAUCUACAGCUCAACCCAUUUCCACGCAUGACGCUCAAACGCGAACCGAUUAUGCCAAAUACAGCCGAUCUACUGACUACAAGUCGAUACCAAUUUCACAAAAUAAACCAGCAGGCACCUAUAAACCGAUACCGCCUCCGAAGCCGAAGAAUUACAGACCACCACAAACGUCACUUGGACAAACGGAGAACAACGGAAAUGAUGCGAGUAAUUCGUACCAACACUCGAAGAGUUAUUCCAUCGCUACGUCGCAUGUGCAUAAUGGGGUAGAAAGCAACAGCAACGUUCAGCGCAACAGCGGUCAAUAUUACUACAACAUCCCGCCGCCCGGCCGUCACAAUGAGGGCAAUAUCGUGAAUUCGCAUCACAAUCUAAGUCAUCUCACGUCGCCGACGCACAGCCACAGCCUCAGUCACACACAUUCUCAUUCGAGCCCGCCAGUGACUACCACGCAUUCCCAUAGCAAUAGCACCGGCCAAAUCAGUCUCGGUCUAACGCAUAACCGGAACAGCACGAAUCACAAUGGAUAUAUGCACAGUAAUAACCACGCUCCCGCAAGCUCGCUCUAUCCCUCCGCUAAUCCUGGACACAAUAGGGAACCCAGCGGUCUGGACCUGGCUGGUAGUCGAGAGCAAAGAGGAAGCGCUUUCGAGCUCUACCGAAAGCCGGUUCAUCAUUACAAUAUGAGUUAACGUGUAUCCUGAUGCAAGACUUAAUAUAUUAGGAUGAAUUAACGAAUCUAUCGGAGUUGCGCAGAGGAAUGAAUCGUGCAAUGUCGUAGACGUAGAUAAAAAAAAAAAACAAUUACGUUAGCUAAUAUCACAAAAGAUACUGUGCCUUUUUCAAAUCGAUAAAAAAAUGUAACCUUCGAUUUGUGUAGAAAUCCUGGAGAUACCAAUGGACGAAGCGUUUUUUAACCCUAUAUGAAGAAGUACUUAAAUAUUUUAUACACAAACAAACAAUUUUGUAUCACGAAAUAGACCAUUUUUUUAUUGUAUGACAAAAAAAAUAAUGUUGAAGAUUAUCUUUUUCGAUAUGUACGUAAGAAAUCUUACCAUAUCUUUAUGUAUCAUCUUUCGUGAUACAUAAAUUACGUGUACGUUUGAUAAAAAUAAUGUUAGUUAAGAACGAUUCUUAAAGACAGAUAAGUUGUAAGUGCAAUGUAACGUAACAAUACUCAGUCGACUAUACACCUGAUAAAAUUUGUACAGUUAUUAAUUAUAUUUUCGCGCUUUUGCUGCAAAUAUGAAUAACACCAUGAUGAGUAGGAGAG